GCGGCUUGAACGAGGAGGGGGAUGGCCAGCGCCGUCAUCAGGCCGGCGCCGGCGAACGUGAGCGCCAGCGCAUUCAAGGCGACGACGAUGACGCCCGACACGAGCGACGCUCGCACAAAGGGUACGCGAUUGCCGAUCAUCAGCAAGGUCGCGGCGAUGCUGAAGUUCAGCUCGAGCAGCCCGCCCGCGAGCAUGAGCAGCAGCGGCGCGACAUCGAGCAGCACGCCGGGCUUGCCCAGCCAGGCCAGCAGCGGCUCGCCACAGGCGAGCAGCACGAGGCCGCCCACCAGGAAGCUCGUCCAGCCGAACAGGAACACCCGCCCGACCAGCGCGCGGGAGCGCUCGAUGAGCCCCUGCGCGCUGAGCUCGUAGAGCCGGGGGAGCGUCGCGAACAUCGGGGUCUGGGCCACCUGGAUCAGCACGUCGACCAGCUGCAUCGUCAGCGCCAUGCGCCCGGCCACCCCCAGGCCCAGUGCGGCCGAGAUCACCGGCAGCUCGCGCUCGUCUGGCAACGCCUGGAACAGCCCCUGCGCGCAGUCCGCGCGCAAGCCGAGGUCCACGCCGCCGCCGGCGACUUGAACGGCGCCAUCGACCGCCUGCGCUCCGGCCUGCGCCAGUCCCGCGGGCCCGACGCCGACCAGGUCGAGGCCUCCGUCAUCGACGCGCGUCUGCGCACGCUCGUCUACGAGCGGCAGUCGAUGCUGGCGGAGAUGUACAAGGGGCGGUACAUCCCGCCGGAUGUGGAGUUGCCGAACU